GGGACAACAUAAGAAAAGUAAUAUUUAAUAUAUGAGAAAAAAGAGAUUAGCAUGAAACUAUAAGUAUACAAUACUUGGUUUCAUCACAAAGUAGAGAAAAUUGUAGAGCCUAUAGUAAGAUUAUAGAUUGAUAUAUGGAGGUUGCUGUGGAGCUCGAUGAUGAUCUAUUUUUUGCAGACCUAAGCAAGCAAAUUUCUUUAUUAAUUAUGGAUGAAAAUGAAGAAGAUACUCCCACUUCUUGUCAUCAACAAUCUCUUCAGUCUUUCUCUGGAGCAAUCUAUCAUCCUCCUCCUCCACAGUCUAAUAUCAUGUACGAGCAGAUGGUUUUGAGAAGACAAGAAAGCAAAGGGACGGGUGUGUUCAUCCCACAGUCAACAACACAGCCAAGGAGGAAACAAAGGAGAGGAAGAUCUUCUUCUUCAUAUGCAAAAUAUCAAAAGCAGUCUCAAGAUACAACAAAAACAGUUUCUUCAAAAUAAUUUCAACUCAAUAAAUAAUGGAUGAUUAGAUCCUUCUUCUGCAAAACUGAAAUUUCUACUGAUUAUUAAUUUGUUACUAUGCCAACUAUAAGCAUGGAUUAAUUUCAAGGGUUUAUUAUAUAUAUAUAGGUUACUAUAUGUAUUAGUAUUAAUUAGUCCUAUAGCAAGGGUAACCCUUCACUGUGUGGGGAAGUUGUUAUCUAGUUUGAUAAGUUGAUUGUUGUUUUAGAUAUUCUUCCAUUCCAAUUUGUUUUCUCUUUUUGUGAUAUAUUAUUUAUAAUUUCUACAA